UCUUUUUGGUUUCCCUUGUCAGACAGGGCUUUGAGCCCCCUGCCUGCACCGGUGAUUGGAUCUGGCAUGCUGGUCCGUAGCUUCAACUUGUGCAGGCUUGGCAUGCGUUCCAUUGGCUCAGCUGGCCGUUUUUUCGCCUCGCAGAACGGGCCCGGCUUCGCUUCAGAUGCCAAGUUGGCCAUGGCCCGCAAGCUUGUGCUGAUCACAGGCUGGUCAGGCGCUGGCAAGACCACCACAGGCAACUUCCUGGAGUUUUACCAUGGUCUCCACCACCUGGAUGGAGACAACAUCAUGCACCGGAAAGAUGAUAGGAGCAUAAAGCUUCGGGAUGGCCUGGUGAAGUCGUUCUAUGACUUCUGGUUCAAAGAUUUGCCAGCACCGCCUGAACUUUGGAAGCCAUACAUCGACGAGCUUGUGGGUCAGUACAUGGAAGCGGCCGAGCACUCCGUCCGCAAUCUGUCCUUCCCUGCGAUCGUCCUCAGCUUCUCAGUUUACCGCCGGGAGGUUCGCGACUACUUCCGCCAGAGGAUCCCCGAGAUUUUCUUCCUGAAGCUGGACUGCGAUCCCGACGUGGUCAUCCAGAGCGCGCUGGGACGCCUGGAGACGUACCUGGAAAACAAGAAGCAGACCGUGGAGGACUGGUGGAGGGAGGAGAAAAAAGAGGAGAAGUACGGGAAGUUCAGCAUGGAGACUUACAAGCAGAUGCAGAUGACCGAGUUCCUGGCGGGCAUGCAGCCCCUGGAUGCUGGCGAGGGCGUCUCUUGCGACGUCACGCCGCGCGGACAGAAGGCGCUCGAUGCGGUGGCCGAAGCCCUGGGUCUGCCGAAGAAGGACAUUGACCUGGAGCAACUGAAGAGGGAGGAGAGAGCACGCCUUGCGCAGAUUGCAGCGGCACACUGACGCGUGCACCUGGCCGUUGAACGCAGACAUCUGGAAACGCGGAGGUCGAGUUGUGAUCUCGGGCAAGCCACGUGGAAGUGCUGGCGCGCCUGCACGUCAUGUUGCUCAGCUCGCCUGCUUGAAGCAAAAAGGGCCGCGUGCAAUGGCCAAGGGUCAGGCCGUACCCAACUUGCCUGCCCAGCAAGCAAAGGCAAUGCAGCAAUGCAUGCCGGGGCACUGAUCGUUUCACCCCGCG